AUGUCUGCUCUUCGCAAAGCUGCAGAGGAAUAUCUCACAGUAGAAAGCAUUCCAGAGUACAAGGAAACAAUCAAGGCAAUCCUUGAUAACGAAGUUGAACUCAAGAAGUACUUCGGAGGACGUCUCGCAUUCGGUACAGCUGGUAUCCGUGGACGCACAGGCCCAGGCUACACACAAAUCAACCCAGGUCUUAUUCUCCAAACAGCUCAAGGCUACUGCAAGUACUGCAUCGACACAUUAGGCAUCGAUACAAUGAAAGAACGCGGUAUCGUCAUUGGUUACGAUGCUCGUAAGUAUUCUCGCGAGUACGCUGAAAUCACAGCAUCUAUCUUCCUCAUGAAGGGCAUCAAAGUCUACCUCUUCUCUACAAUCAUCCCAACACCAUACGUUGCCUUCGCAAUCCGCUACCUCAAGGCUGCUGGUGGUGUCAUGGUUACAGCCUCCCACAACCCAGCCACAGAUAACGGCUACAAGGUCUACUGGGAGAACGGUGCCCAGAUCAUCGAACCACACGAUGCCGGAAUCUCCAAGGCCAUCCAAGAAAACCUCAUCAGAUGGGAAGGAUUCGACCAAUCCCUCUUCGUAGACUCCCCACUCUGUGUUGAUCCACUCGAAGAUGUUCGCGCCGCUUACAACAAAAUGAUUCGCGAGAAGCUCUGCUUCCACUACGAAGAGAACAACAAGCCAUCCGGCCUCCGCGUUGUUUACUCCGCCAUGCACGGUGUUGGCCACAAACCAACUCUUUGGGCUCUUCACACAUUCAACCUUCCACUCCCAAUCCCAGUUCCAGAACAGUGCGAAGGCAAUGGCGACUUCCCAACAGCCGCCUUCCCGAACCCAGAAGAAGGCGAACCAGUCUUCCGCCACGCAUUCGCCCGUGCCAACCUUACAGGCGCUGAUCUCAUCAUCUGCCAGGAUCCAGAUGCCGACCGUGUUGGCAUUGCCGUCCGCCAGAAAGAUGGCUCAUUCCGCAUCCUCCACGGUAACCACACAGGCACACUCCUCACAUGGUGGUACAUCCAGCACUUCAAGGGCGACCGCUCUAAGGCCAAGUUCCUUUCCUCAACAGUUUCCACAAAGAUGCAGCAGAGAAUCGCUGAAGUCGAAGGAUUCCAGUACGAGGAAACACUCACUGGCUUUAAGUGGCUCGGAAACGCUUCUCUCAAGGCAGCAGAAGAAGGUGUUACACCACUCCUCGCCUUCGAAGAAGCCAUUGGUUUCGAAAUGGUUCCAUCAAUCACACCAGACAAAGAUGCCAUCUCAACAACAGCCGUUGUCAUCGAAAUGGCUCACUACCUCAUGAGAAACGAGAAGAAGUCACUCACAGACAAGCUCGAUGAAAUCUACCAGAAGUAUGGUUACUACCUCUUCAACAACUCAUACUUCAUGUGCCACGAUCCAGAAGUCAUUAAGGCUGUCUUCGUCCACAUGAGAACAUCUGGACCAGAUGGAAAGUACGUCCAAAAGGUCGGCCGUUUCGCUGUCACAGGUGUUAGAGAUAUGACACUCGGAUACGACUCACGCACAGCUGAUCACAAGCCAGUCCUUCCACAGCAGUCUGGACAGAUGAUCACAUUCUACCUCGAUAACGGAACAGCAGCAACAAUCCGUACAUCAGGAACAGAACCAAAGAUCAAAUGGUACAUCGAACUCGCUGCUGAGAACCUCGAGAAGGCUCAGAGAGAUCUCGACGAAGUUGUCAAGGCUAUCCAAGACGAUCUCCUUCUCCGUGAGAAGUACAACCUUAAGCACACAGAUUAA